GGCCUCACCAAAGGCUCUCUGGCUUUUCUCAAUUACCCAGCUCAGCUCAUGUUCAAAUCCACCAAGGUUCUGCCGGUGAUGGUAAUGGGAGCUUUCAUUCCUGGAUUGAGAAGGAAAUACCCAGCCCAUGAAUACGUUUCUGCCCUACUUUUAGUUGUGGGUUUGAUCCUCUUCACCUUAGCAGACGCUCAGACCUCCCCAAACUUCAGUGUCCUCGGAGUUCUCAUGGUCACCGGCGCUCUGAUCAUGGAUUCCUUUCUGGGUAACUUGCAAGAAGCCAUCUUUACCAUGAAUCCCGAAACCACACAGAUGGAGAUGCUGUUCUGCUCGACCGUUGUGGGUUUACCCUUUUUAAUCCCACCCAUGCUUUUAACAGGGGAAUUGUUCAAAGCAUGGACUUCAUGUUCUCAGCAUUUAUACGUUUACUGCGUUUUAGUCUUCGAAGCCUUGGCCACCUUCGUCGGCCAAGUUUCCGUUCUCUCCCUCGUUGCUAUUUUCGGGGCGGCCACCACUGCCAUGGUAACAACGGCGAGGAAGGCGGUGACGUUAUUGUUAUCAUAUUUGAUAUUUACUAAGCCAUUAACGGAGCAGCACGGAACAGGGCUUCUGUUAAUUGCCAUGGGAAUCACAUUGAAGCUUUUACCGGCGGAGAAAACCAAUCCCUACAAAAGGCUCCCCACCUUACCCACGUCCAACAACGGCAGAACUGAAAACCCGUCUCCUGUUGAUCAAGAAGAGAAGACUUCAUCAGAAAUUGAAGUUGAAAACGAAGAGAAAAGGCCAUUGGUUUAAUUAAUUGUAAUUUCCUUGUUAUUCACUUGAUAAUAUUAAAUUAUAAGAAAAAUAAAAUGAAGUAUGUUUACUGUUAUUUCAUUCUUUCUCUCUUGUGUUUGAUGUAAUUCAAAACAAUGUAUGGUGUGGUUAUGCCGACCACUAUAAU